AUGGGCCUCAUCAAGAAGAAGACGGCCGUCAGGACUACCGAGGGCGGCAUCAAAUACAUUUGCGACAUCUGUUCGGCCGACAUCACUGCCACUGUCCGCAUCAGAUGCGCCGACGAUGACUGCUCGAACUACGACCUGUGUGUUCCCUGCUUCGGAGAGGGCAAGUCUUCCGGCAAACACGACCCAGCCACGCAUUCCUUCCAAGUAAUAGAACAACAUUCGAUUCCUAUCUAUGUCGAAGAAUGGGGUGCCGACGAGGAGCUGCUUUUGCUCGAGGGCGCCGAAACUUACGGUCUGGGAUCAUGGGCCGACAUUGCGGACCACAUUGGAGGCUAUCGAACCAAGGACGAAGUGCGCGAGCACUACAUUGAAACAUACAUAAACAGCUCAAAGUUCCCCUUACCAGAACGCGCCAGUCCUAAGGAUACCACCCUUUCCGACUCCAUACCCAGAGAUGAGUUUCAGGCCCGCAAGAAACGGAGGAUAGAGGAGCGGAAAGAGGCAGCCAAGAACCAAGCCAUCAUCGAUUCUAAGCAAAAGCCCACUUCCAGUGUUCCGUCAUGUCACGAAGUUCAAGGCUUCAUGCCUGGUCGUCUCGAGUUCGAGACUGAGUACUUUAACGAAGCCGAAGAAGCAGUCCAACAUAUGCAAUUCGAGCCUGGCGAUGGCAUUAACCCCACUACUGGUGAACUCGAACCUGAAAUGGAUCUCAAGAUCACCGUCAUGGACAUCUACAAUCACCGUCUUACCGCUCGCGUUGAGAGGAAGGAGGUACUUUUCGAGCACAAUUUGCUCGAGUACCGCAAANACACGGCAGUCGACAAGAAGAGGACCAAAGACGAGCGCGAUUUGAGCAACAAGAUGAAGCCGUUUGCGCGCAUGAUGAACCACUCCGACUUUGAAGCCUUUACGACAGGAAUUGAAUAUGAACACAGUAUACGACAGGCUAUCAAGCAACUACAAGACUGGCGUCGCAUGCAGAUCAGCGAUCUAAAGACUGGAGAAAAAUACGAAGUUGAGAAAGCUGCCCGACAGGCGAGAGCUGCAGCAACAGCGGACCGCUUUUCGUUGCCCGGUAGACCGCAUAAACCCAGCGCUCAAGAGCCACCAUCGGCAGCGUCAGCCUUGAUCGGACCAGAACUGCCACCAAAACCCAACACUACUGGCUUGCAAACUCCACCCGAAUCAACAUCACCAAGCACUAGCAAUACCAACCCUGCACCAAGAUUUCCGUUACAAGCCAUAACAGGUGUAUCGAAGAUGGACCUGUAUGGCAACAACAGUCAAGAUACACAUCUCUUGACCGAGAACGAGCAAGAAAUAUGCAGGGUAGUGCGUGUGCAGCCAAAAGCGUAUUUGGUCAUGAAGGACGCCGUGCUAAAAGAGGCGCUGCGCUCGAACGGCUGUCUAAAACGGAAAAAUGUCAAGGAGAUUUGUAGGGUUGACACGACCAAGGCGGGAAAAUUAUUUGACUUCUUCGUCUGGUCUGGGUGGAUUGCAAAAGGAUGA